UAUUCACCUCGUUCGGUACUUUAUCUAUUAUUUAUAUAUACAUAUAUCACAAUAUAUAUAUAUAUCUACAUAAUAUUUUAAAUAUUUAGACAAGUCACUUUCUUUUUUUUGUAAUCUAUUUUUUAUUUUUUUUUUUCAAAAUAAUUCUGUUCAUAAAUUAACUCAAAAAUUUUGUCAUUCGUGUCAAUAACAAAAAAAAAUUAGUGUUUAGUUUUUAGUGAUCACGUGUUGUGUGUAAAUCACAUUGUUGUUAAAUACAAAAUAAAAUUUCACGGAAUAUUGAAUAAAUAAUCGUUCUUUUUUUUUCGAUGGUGAUGUGACGCGUGGAUUAAUAAGCAAAUUUUUUUUUUAUUAAUUAAUAAAUAAUUAUAAUAAAUUUAUUGGAAAUAACUGAUCGAAGAUGAUGUUUCGUGUGAUAUAUUUUAAUCGUACAAUAAAAUCAACAUUGUUAUAUAUUUUACUAUUACUAAUAAUUAAUAUAACAAACGUGGCAUCACAAUGUGGGACAACAGGUACAUCAACAGAUCGUCAAGAUAAAUUGGCCAUUUACAAAGUUAUCUUACGCACAUAUUGGUCGAGGGCACGAUUUCCCAGGCAUUAUCCUGAAUGGCGACCUCCUGCGCAAUUUGGCAAACUUGUUGGCCGAACGCAUGAUUCAACGUAUACACUAUACCGUCUAGGAGAGCGAUUAUCAUCCGGCGCAAUGCAAUAUGUCGAAACAGGCCGUACAGAUAGUCUAGACACCGGGGGUGACAGUACUAAUAUCCUUGAUGUCUUUGGAUCUCCUGGGAUACCCCAAGGUGAGGGUACUACCGUAUCACGUGCAUUUCUCGAUGGUAAUCACACUCUGGUCAGUAUUAUGGCGAGAAUAAAUCCAAGUCCCGAUUGGUUCGUCGGGGUCGAUUCAUUUCAACUUUGCGUCGAGGGUAAUUGGGUUGAUACCGUAACUGUUGAGCUAGACCCAUUGGACGGUGGGACAGACAACGGUUUUACCUUUACGGCAGCAAAUUGGCCGACGAACCCUCAGGGGAUUGCUUACAGAAUAACAUCACGAUAUCCUGCACAUCCAGCUGGAAGUUUCUAUUACCCAAACCUACCACGACUGCCGCCAAUUGCCACCCUGACCUUUACCAAGUUAAAGGAAUACACAUUAACAGAAAGCUAUCACGAAGACGAAGUAGAAAUGGAGUUUAUAACCAAUGAUAAGUUACCGUACAAUUCAGCGGGAGCAACUCCUAGGGGAAUCGAUCCGAACCGUGACUUGAACGAAGCGAUUGCUGAGGAGCGAAAGGAAAUGGACACUCAGAGAUACAGGUACUGGACAUCUGGACCAACGAACCCUGUGGUAACAGAUCAUCCAGGAGAUAAUAAAGCUUUGAUAAUGGAUAGCAUUGCGUCCUCGUAUGGCUUGGGGUUGUCACGGUCACGUUUUCCUGUUGCGACCCCGACAUCUUUGCCGGGGCAACGUUAUCACGUUAGUCCGGGGAAUUUUAAUUUUAAUGUGGCCAAUAGCGAGGAUACUAGAACAAGACAAGAAAUUAUACAGCGCAAGAGCGCCGAUGCACUUAUGGAAGCACAAAAAGCACAAAUUUAUCAGGAUAUACAGAGAAGAAUUUCUAAUGUUACCAAUAAUAAUGAUAAUAAUAAUAAUUUUAAUACGACACGUAGUAAUUACGAUAACAAUAAUAAUGUUAUUACCAGUACGAAAGAUAAUUUACAUAAAUAUCGUAUGAAACAACACCGGCUUUCUACGAAAGGAAAACAUUAUCGUCGACGUUUUCCAAGAGAUUGUAAAGUUGGAGACUGGGGAGCAUGGAGUGCAUGUAGUCGUAGUUGCGGUGUUGGCGAAACCCAACGAGUGCGUAAAAUUACAGUGAAACCACGACGUGGUGGCGCUGCUUGUCCACCACUCAAAGAAACAAAAUGGUGCGGCAGUGUCACACCCUGUCCUGAUAAUAAUAAUAAACCUAUUGUCGAUAUAUUUUCUUGGUAAAAUAAAUAAUUAUUAUUAUUACUAAUAAAUAAUAAUUAUAAUAAAUCCAAAUUUAUUUCAAACAAAUGCAUUUAAUUCAUUUUUUUUUUAUUUACAAAAAUUGCAUUUGUGUUUUUAUUGCUCUAGAUGCUUUUUCAAAAAAUUAGAAUGAAUAUUAUUAAAUUUUCAAUUUUUCAAAAUUUCUUUAAAAAAAAAAAUCAAAUUUUCAGUUAUCGAUGAA